UUGCGGCCGCGGCCAUGGAAGAGGCCGAGACCGAGCGCCGGCGGCGGAAGCGGCGGCGGCAGCAGGAGCAACAGGAAGUGGCGGAGAAGCGGAGCCCCCGGCGCUCCCGCUCCGCCCGGGGCAGCCAGUCCCCCCCUGCCGAGCGGGAGCAGGGCCCGGCCCGGCCGGGCCGCAGCAGGUCACCAGCAAAAAGAAAGAACAAGUCCUCUGCUAAAAGAAGCAAGUCUCCUCGAAGUAAAAGAAGUAGAAGCCCUCAUCAUAUUGUAGUCAAAGUAAAGCAGGAGCGAGAUGACCAUUCCCGGAGAGGACAUGAGGAACGACAGCACAGAGAUCAAUCAGAGCAAGAACACAGACGAGAUAGAAAUGGUGACAGAGACAGACACAGAGAUCAUUCAAAGAGAAGGAAAAAUCCCAGUGCAAGGCCAGGAGGUCGAGGGUAUGAAAGAGAGAGGGAUGUCCAAAAUCUCCAUGAGCAGCAAGUGGAGAGGGAAUUUUAUAAUGAGAGAAGACAUGAGCAUCGCCAGAAGAAUGAAGCAAGCAGUGGUGAUGAGAUUCUGGACCUUGUUAAACUUGAUGGUGAAAAUAAAGACAAAGAUCCAUCAAAUAAGGAGAAACCAAGUUUUGAACUUUCUGGUGCACUCCUAGAGGAUUCAAACACAUUCCGAGGUGUUGUGAUUAAAUAUAGUGAGCCCCCGGAAGCUCGGAUUCCAAAGAAACGAUGGCGUCUCUACCCUUUUAAGAAUGAUGAGGUUCUCCCAGUCAUGUACAUUCACAGACAGAGUGCUUACCUGCUGGGCAGGCACCGAAGAAUCGCAGAUAUUCCUAUUGACCACCCCUCUUGCUCCAAACAGCAUGCUGUGUUUCAGUAUCGGCUUGUGGAGUACACCCGUGCCGAUGGUACAGUUGGCCGCAGAGUCAAGCCUUACAUCAUUGACCUUGGCUCUGGCAAUGGUACUUUCCUAAAUAACCAACGGAUUGAACCUCAACGUUACUACGAAUUGAAAGAAAAGGAUGUGCUGAAGUUUGGAUUUAGCAGCAGGGAGUAUGUCCUUCUCCACGAAUCUUCAGAUACAUCUGAGGUGGACAGGAAACCAGAUGAGGAGGAGGAAGAGGAGGAGGAAGAGUCAGACAGUUAACAGAUCAGAAAGAGACUUCAAAGAUCUUCUUUCAAUAGAACUUGAAUCUGGAUAUGAAUGUUGGAGCAUCACAGCACUGAUGCCUCUUAUUGCCUUAAAGUCUUUGCUCUGUUGCUGAUCAGCUCUCACUUUAGUUUAUUUUGGGAAACUCCUGACUUACUCAUCUCCUUUGUAGUUUUGAAACUCAUCAGGAAAUACAGCCUUUGCUUUAAGAGGAUUCUCCCUAAUAAAAAGAAGAAAAAAAAAUAGAAGGCACCUGGAAGUGAGAGUUCCAGUAAUGGAGCUCUUCAUAAGAUGUAAAAAUAAAUAUGUACGGUUGUACUUAAAGGAUAUGGAACAAAAUAGGCAUUUUUAAAAAAAACAUGGCUUUGCAAACUGUUUUGUUUACAAUCCUUUGAAAUUGCUCCUUUAUUCUUAACUAGAAUCUUAGUUACAGUGAACAUGAUCUGAUGUUUUGUAGUGUCCAAUUAUUUGAUGUGAUUUGCUGAACCGUACACCCAAAGCAAACAACUCACUAAGUGGAGGAAUUGACUGAGUUUGUUCCAUUGAAAAGGAAGAUAUGCUACAAAUUUUCUGUUUAUAUUCAUAUGAUUUGGGUAGGCAGUUUGCAUUGAAAUGAUUUUUCAGGGAAGGACAUUUCACCGGAAUACCUUGUAAUUUAUAGGCAGUGUAGCUUGAAAUGAAAGAGAAUGCUUCAUGGGACCUUAAGUUAUAAUAGUGUGGCUUGCUGUCAAAGGCUGUGUGCACUCAAUAUGUUGUAAAUGUUUGCAGACAUUGCCUCUGGAUACUGAUUUUUGUUCAAAUUUGAAGCUAGUUUUUUUGUUGUUUUGACACCACUCUGUCCCAUGAAUCAUUGCACAUAAUUUCUGCAUUUAAUUAUAUGUUACAAUCAAAAAGAAAAAUAUCCAAUGUUUUAACCAUAAUUUGCACUAUUAUAAUUUUUUAAGUUUAGUUUAUGGAAAAUAUACUGUCAUGUCUAAAAUACUUUUUCACCUGCAUGUAACAGAAAACAGUCAAUACUUUAUAAUUGUGAAAAGUUUGUUUCAGAGAAACAUUUUCAAAACAUGGAACUAUUUAGAUUUGCAUAUAUUCAGACAUCUUCCUUCUGAGUUUUACCUUGACACAAGAAAUGUAACUUAUUUCACUUUGAUUACUAAUUUUCCCUUGCAUUUGUGAUUUAUGGGCACAUACUGUCUUGUGUGUAUAUACGUAAGUUGUAUAUUAUAUACACACACAACUAAAGUUUAUUGUGUAAAUAAUGGGUGUAAAAGCGGGUUUUCAAACAGUAGGCAUAAGAAGAAUAUGCUUUGGAUAGCAGACUGUCCUUUAUAUGUACUCUGGGGUUUUUAAAUAAAGAAUUUAUAAAUUUA